AUGUUGAAAUUAAACUAUUUAAAAGAACCUAAAGAUAAAAACAUUUAAACAAACAUUAAAGAAAACGAAUGCACAGAUGAUAAAAUUGAUAAUAAAAAUUCAGAGGCUUGUGUAAAUUCAUCCAUUUAACCUUAGAUAACAUAAGAAUCAUGCACAUAACCGUUUUUAUAAAUUCAAUAACACACUUAAAGAAGUCCUUUUUUAAAUAAUGAAGGAAUUAUUUACUCAAGCUCUGAGCUUCAAAGUGAAAUAAAUCAAUUUAGUUCUAUGGAAGAGUUAUCAUCAAAACUAAAUACUUACAUCGAUUCAUAUUUAUAAGAAUUGAGAUAACCUUAAUCAUUUCUAGAAUAACUUUCAUUUAAAUAAUCUGAAAGCUAUGAAGAGGACUCUUCAGAAGGUCUAUGCUAAAGAAUCUAUUCGGUAUAUUUUGAAUUUAAAAAUUAGAAAUUUGUAUCUUAGAUAAACUUAUCAGUCAUAUAAUCAUAUGAUUAUAUUUCAAGUAUAGAUGAGUAAUAAAAGGAUGAAACUCCAUUAUCACUCUCAACCCCUAUAUUGAAUUAAGAAGUUAGUAAUCUUCCUGAUAAAAAUACAAGUGGAUCAAGAAAAUUAUGUUAGGAUUAAUUUCGUUUAACCUGCAGCUAUCCUUUAAGUUAAGUUUGA